CGGCGGCGCAUGCGCAUGGUUGGGGCGGGCGGGGAGUGCGGGGCGGCGCAGGCGCAGGGCGGGCGGCCGCGGCGUCAGUACGCGCGCGCCCUCGCCAUGGCUCGGUGGCUGAAGGCUCUGGCGGCCGUGCUGCUGCUCGCCGCCGCCGCGACCGCGCGCAAGUCGCCCGCCCCCAAACACGAGCCCCAGAUCGAGGAGGUCACCGCCAAACAGUUGGAGCGGACGCUGGAAGACAAGGAUUUCGUCGCGGUGUUCUGGUAUGCGCGGAGCUGCGUGACAUGCGACAAGGUGCUGGAAGAACUGGAGAAGAUCGACGACGACACCGACACGUUCGGCGUGGACUUCGUCAAGAUCAACGACAAGCGGCUCGCCAAGCAGUAUGGCAUCACGAAAUUCCCCGCCCUCACGUACUUCCGUGAGAAGGAACCGAUCAUUUACGAAGGAGAUCUUAUGGACGAAGAAAGCGUCCUGGAUUUCUUGACGAGUUUAGAAGCAAUGGACCUCCCUGACCGGAUAGAAGAAGUCAACCAGAAGAUCCUCUCUAAGAUCAUAGAGGACACAGACUACGUAGCCGUGCUCUUCUGUCCUGAUCACAAAAGUUGCGGCCCGUCGAACAAUAAGCCCGAGUGCAAGAAGUGUGCUAAAGCACUUCAGGAGCUGGAGAACAUCGACGACGAGGCUGACCAGCUCGGCAUCGGCUUCGUCAAGAUCCACGACGAGGAACUCGCCGAAGAAUACAGUCUUGGAGAGUUGCCAAGACUAGUGUACUACAGGCACGAAAUACCUAUUAUCUAUGAAGACGAGCUGAGCAGGGAGGAAGAUGUGCUGGAGUGGCUGAUCGCCAACAAGUCCACCGGGGACGAAGAAGACGUCAUUGAAGAUGUCACUGCCAAGACCCUAAACACUCUCAUUGGCAACAUUGACAACCUUGUCGUUCUAUUCUACGACCACGGCGAUGACGAAUCAAUGACUGUCCUGGCCGAGCUUGAGAAGAUCGACGAUGACUGCGAUCGUCACGGCAUCCAGUUCGUUAAGAUUGACGAUCAUAAGGCCGCUGCAGCUUUUGGCAUCGACAACAUCCCCGCCAUUGUCUACUUCGAGAAGCAGAUCCCCAAUGUUUACGACGGUGACCUGGAAAACGAGGAGGAGAUCCUGGAGUGGCUCGUAAACCAGUUGGAGAAGGAUGAGAUCGAAGACGUCACCGAUGAGAUGCUUGACCGUUUGAUCAAGGAUGGAAAGACUGUCGCGGUGCUGUUCUAUGACAAUAACGACCGCAAAUCGCAAAAGGUAUUAAACGAAUUGGAAAACAUCGAUGAUGAAUGUGAUCAACUUGGCAUUGCGUUUGUUAAGAUUGACAAUGAUGAAGAAGCAAAAGAAUACGGCAUCGAAAAAGUGCCCACCUUGUUAUACUUUGAAAAGGGUAUCCCAACAUACUACGAAGGAAAUCUAGAAGAGGAGGAGAAAGUACUUAAAUGGCUCCACCACCAGAGCGAAAAUGAUGAAAUUGAAGACAUCACUGAUGAAAUGCUCGAUUUGAUUAUCGACAAGAUGCAAUACGUCGCUGUACUGUUCUACGACAGGGAUCAAAAGAAAAGUCAAAAGGUUUUGGCUGAGUUGGAGAACAUCGAUGACGAAUGCGAUCAGAAUGACAUUGCAUUUGUGAAAAUUGACGACGACAAAGAGGCCAAGGAGUACGGUAUUGAGACCAUCCCGACCAUGGUGUUCUUCGAGAGAGGAAUUCCUCAUGUAUAUGAGGGUGACUUAUUGAAAGAAGACGAGCUCUUAGGCUGGUUGCUACAUCAAAAGCGUCACAGUGAAAUCCCAGAAGUUACUGAUGAGAUGAUGGACAAACUUAUUGAGACUACUCAAUACUUGGCUGUUAUUUUCUACGACAAGGAUGAUAAACAAGAUAUAAGAAUUCUCAACGAGCUAGAAAAUAUCGACGAUGAGCUAGAAAAGGAAGGUAUCGUGAUAGUCAGGAUGGACAAUGAAGCUGAAGCUAAAGAGUUUGGUAUCGACCAUCUGCCAACCCUCGUGUACUUUGAGGAGAACAUCCCGGCGAUAUACGAAGGUGACCUUAUGAAUGAAGACGAAGUACUGGAGUGGCUCAUCGAACAGAAAAAUAGCGCAACUAUUGAGGAGGUCACUGAUGAGAUCCUUACUGAUCUGAUUGAGGAACACGAGUACGUCGUCGUAUACUUCAGUGGCAAGUGUGAAGAGGGUGAAGAGUGUGACAACAUCUUGGAUGAGUUGGAGAACAUCGAUGACGAACUCGACGAGACUGGCAUCAUUUUCGUAACUACUGAAGACAUGUCGCUUGCCAAGAAGUAUGGAAUCAAGACCUUCCCCACACUGGUAUUCUUCAGAAACAAAGACCCACUUAUCUACAAAGGUGACAUCGAGGAUGAAGACGAAGUCCUGUCGUGGUUGACCGAUGAAGAUACGUUAGAGAUCCCUGGCAAAAUUGAGGAAGUGAACUCCAGAAUGUUGGACAAGAUCUUAGAAGAGAACGAUCACGUCGUUGUCUUCUUCUAUGUGGAAGGUGACAAAAAAUCGCAAAAGAUCCUGCAAGAACUCGAGAACAUUGAUGACGAAUGUGAAGAAAAAGACAUUGACUUUAUCAAGACAUCUGAUGAAGGAAUUGAGAAAGAAUAUGACCUUCCUGAUUUGCCGGCAUUGGCCUUCUAUAGGCACAAAUUCAGGACGAUUUAUGAAGGUGACCUGAUGCAUGAGGAAGCUAUUCUCAAAUGGGUGUUAGAACUGCAUGAUUCUAAGCCCGACGUCAUUGAAAGUGUCGAUAGGAAAACUCUGAAGGAUUUGAUCGAAGACGUUGAACAUCUAGCGGUAUUUUUCUAUAGUGACGAUUGUGACACAUGUGAUGAUGUACUUGAAGAAUUGGAAACAAUCGAUGAUGACACAGACAAGUAUGACAUUCAAUUCGUGAAGUCAAAAGAUUCAAAGUUGGCAUCUGACAUUGGUAUUUUCAGUUUCCCCGCAUUGGUAUAUUACGAAACCGGAGUACCAAUUAUGUACGACGGUAAUCUUUUGGACGAAACCGAAGUCUUGGAUUGGAUGAUAAAGCAAAAAGAAGAUGAGAGUAUAGAAGAGAUAGAAAGAGAAAAAUUGUUCAAGUAUAUCGAAACAAAAGAGUUUUUGGCGGUGGUUUUCUACAAAGAAGAAGAUCCGAAAACCCCUCAAAUACUUCGACACGUUGAGUUGAUUGACGACGAAGCUUCAGAGUACGGUAUAAAAAUAGUGAAAUGUCCCGAUCGGCUCAUGGCAAAGAAGUAUGGGUUCCGGAACCCGCCUGGUAUCACAUAUUUUAGGAAAGGAAAGUACAUCAACUACGACGGAGACAUGGAUGAUGAAGAAGAAAUAUUGGACUGGUUAACGAACCCGGAUAAUAUGGAACUUACUGACCACAUAGAGAAAGUAAAUAGAAAAAUGUUUCAGAAAAUAAGGCAGACAUCGGAUUACGUCGCAGUAUUCUUUUACAGUAAUGACUGCAAACAGUGCCCCAGAGUGCUGGCGGAGAUUGAGCAUAUAGACGACGAUGCUGACGGGGCUGGCAUCAACUUUGUCAAGAUUGAUGAUAAGCAGAUGGCGAAAGAAUUCGGAGUGUUUGCCCUACCUGCUGUACUAUUCUUCAAAAUGGGCUCGAAGGAUCCCGUUAUAUAUGCUGGUGAUUUGUACGAUGAACAGCAGUUGUUAAGUUGGCUGUUGACUCAGAAAAACCCAGCAGGAGACGUAAUAGAAGCACUUGAAGGAGAAGAUCUGAUGAAAACUAUUGAAGAAGAAGGUUCUUUAGCGGUCUACUUCUAUAUGGAUGUUUCAGAUGGACCCGAUUGCGAACAGUGCAUCGGGAUUUUGGAAGAACUGGAGAACAUUGAUGAUGACUGCGAUAGACACGGCAUAAAAUUCGUUAAGACUCAAGAUUAUUCCAUUGCGGAAGCUUACGGAGUAACAGAUUUUCCUGUAAUGGUAUACUUUGAAAACAAUAUACCAAAUGUGUACGAAGGAUCAUUGGCAGAAGAGGAAGAGGUGUUGCAAUGGUUAAUUACACAGAAAACAGAGGAUCGCAUUGAACUGAUAACAAGAGUGAUGCUUGAGAAAAUGGUUGAGGAAACACAGUAUUUGGCUGUAUACUUCUAUAAACUGAAUUGCCAUAUUUGCGAAACCAUUCUCGAAGGCUUGGAGAAGAUAGACGACGAAUGCGACGUAUUUGGCAUUCAUAUGGUAAAGAUCCAAGAUCCACAACUUGCUAAGAGAUACUCUAUCAAGACUUUCCCAGCUAUGGUCUACUUUAGAAACGGGAAUCCACUAUUGUUCGAAGGAGAUUUACAAAACGAGGAAUCAAUCCUUGAAUGGCUUAUUGAUGACGACAACCGAGAGUUGGCUGAUGAAAUUGAAUCAGUUAACGAAAGGAUGUUAGAACGAUUGCUGCACGAAUCUCACUUAUUAGUGGUGUUCUUCUAUGAUGAUGAAGAUUGUCCAGAGUGUGAAGAGAUCUUGGAGGAAUUGGAACAGAUAGAUGGUGAAGUCGAUCAGUUUGGUAUUGAUUUUGUUAAGAUAGCGAGCCCAGAAGCCGCAGCCAAGUAUAAUGUGGUCAACAUCCCUUCUCUUUUGUACUUCCGUAAGCAAGUCCCGAUGCUCUACGACGGCGACUUACACCAAGUCGACAGAGUCCUGCAAUGGCUAACUUCUCAGGACGUUUUUGAAAUUAAAAAUGAAAUUGAAGAAGUUAACCGAAAAAUGCUGGACAAACUGUUAGAGGAAAACGAAUUUUUGGCUGUCUAUUUUUACGAAAAGUCACCCGAAAGUCGAGCAGUACUAGACAAGUUGGAGAACAUCGACAGUGAGACGGAUAAUUUAGACAUAACUUUUGUGAAGAUGCAAGACCCGCGAUACGCGCGGAAGUGGGGUGUCACCAAACUGCCGGCCAUCGUCUACUUUAGAAAGAGAUUCCCCAGUAUAUUCAGAGGUGACUUGAUGAACGAAGACGAAGUGUUGGAGUGGCUGCGAAAGAACAGGUUCCGACAGCCAGAGCUGAACAUCUUCAUGUACGCGUUAAUAGCGCUGUCGAUAGCAUUCGUCAUGUACACUGCCUUCCUACUUCAGUGCUUCAAGCCCGCACCGCCGGCACCAGCGCCACAUCCCAAGCAGGCGUGAGCCGCUAUAAGACACUAUCUUUAUAUGGAUUUUGACUACUUGCAAGGCUACGGUCGUAUGCUUUGCUAGUCCACGAGUCCAUUGCUUCAAUCAAAUUUUCCCAAUCCAUAAGAUUUGGUCGACAAUGGAUCGAUUUAGACAAUACAAGUUCUUGGGAUCAAACUUUUGAUAGAGAUUUUAGAAUAUACGAAUGCCUGCGAAUUUAGACUUCUUUUGAAUUUAAAUACGAAAUCGGACUAUAAUCCUCUGGUAUUAAUUUCUUCUGUUAGUGAGUGGUACACUUGGAAAAGGAUGAGAGAAAAGGGUGCGCGCCAUUAUUAUAUUAUUUCUUCAUUCAUUCUUAAAUAGUGUUAGGUAUUAAAUUAGAUCACUUUCAAUAGUUUCAAUUGAUGCUUUGAAUAAACGAUUUUUACCUGAUCAAAAUUCACCGCACGAAUAUUUGCGGUUUAAUUGGCUACUAACAGAAUGUAAAAGUAAAUGGGUGGAAAACCCCAGAGGAAUUUUAGUAUUCGAAGUAUAAAGAUUCGAUAUAGGCAAAAAACUGGAUUGACAUUGUAACAUAGAAGUACUUAAUUGAUUUCGACCUGUUUAACGUUACUAAUAAUGACAACUUUCUUUGGAGUUUGCAGUAAACGCUAUGAGUCAGCAUAUCUAAUUAUAAUCUUUUUAAUUCUUCAAGUCAUAUUUCUUUUAUUGUUAUAAUCAUUUAUAAUCAGUAUUUUUUUUUUCAUCGUUUGCUUCUGGUGUUUACUGUUGACUUCUAACAUUUUCUGUUUAUGGCAUUUUAAGUUUAUGUACUGUUAUCUUCGUUAAGACUGUACCUUCUCGAUAGUGAAUUCAGGGCCAUUGUAGAUACCCGUGGCUUUACUUUAUGAGCUGGUGAAUUGUUAUUGAGUAGUAAGUCAAGUGUCUAAAGUGGUACCUGUAAAUGUGAAAUGUGCCUUUUCUAAGUAUCCGUGUCUUCUACUUUGCUGUUAUUUACACCGAUCUUAUCUACUUUUAGAAUCUAUAGCCUUUUAGGUUUCGUUAAGCCUUUUGUUAAGUUUGUGUUUGAGUUUACGGAGCUCCAAGACAACUUCACUCUCUUUCUAACUAACAUCUUUUAAAUCAAUAUUUAUAUUGUGUUUAAUAUUUUUAUUUAUAGUAUUUAUUUAUAAAUUUUUCAUUCACCUUUAAUAUCUUGAAUAUUUUUAAGUAAUUCAUUAUUUAUCAUUAUACAAAAUCUUAGAAAUCAUUGUGAUUUGAGCUUUAAUAACUCUUUUUAAACAAUCGUUUAGAUAUUUAUCAACAUUACUAAAAUUUUUAUUUUUCAGUAAAUACAUGCGUACGUUCUUAACAAGUAAUACUUUAUAUAAUUAAAGUUUUAACACUACUUCUAAUUAUAUUCAUAUAUAUUUUAUAUUUAUUUUUAAUUUCUUUUUUAUUAAUUAUAUUUAUUUAUUUUUCAUAUAUAUUUAUUUAAACGUAUGGUGAUAUUGUCAUUGAGCUCCAUUUUGUUGGGUGAUUGUUUAUGGGCGGGAGCUGGACUGACACCUGCACGCUACUACGGUACUAGACUUACCAAUCUAAAGCCAAGUUUCCUAAUUUAUUCAUAAUUAUUCUGUCCUUAAUGUCGACUAUACCGGAAAUAAUUAUACAUGGUAACCUUAUGUCAAAAUAUAGACUCCAUUUUUGACUGGCCACGUGACGGAGCGUCGGUUCAGGCAAGCGCAAAUGUCGGUAAUAAUUAUCAUCUCCCUAGCGUUAUCCCGUUUUUCACAGGGUCCGCUUACCUAACCUGAAGAUUUAACAGGUCCGGCAACAGAAGCGAUAAGGAAUAUCUAUAUAUCUUUAUUUUCGAAAUAUGUACACGUUCCGAAUCACGCAAUCCACUCACGCUACGUUUAGCAGAUCGUAAAACGGAGCUUUUAAAGUACUUACUUAAGUAACCUUACCUCGGUUAAAGUAACGUAGUAAUGUGCCCGAUUUUUUCUGCAUCAUUCCCGCUCGUAAUGUAUAGUGUGUAUAUUAUAAUGAUACCUUCGAGAAAACGGUAAGGGAAACGUGAAGCUAAUACGAAUAUGCUCAAAAGAGUAAGCGCGAAAAGCGAGCGCUUUAUUAGUUACGUUGUAUAUAAAAUGUAAAUAUAAAAUAAAUAAAAAUAGUAAAAUCAGCA